AAGGUCUUCUCAGGUCACUUUGUAAGAGGAAGCAAAUAAGCCCAAGUGAACACCAGGGGCCUUUCACAAAACAAGAAGCAGGAAUGACUAAAGCACAUACAUUAAGUGAUCUACUGAGCAUGGAUGAGCUAAAAAACGCUGAGAUGGAAAUAUUUAAGUUUUGCCAAAGAGCAAGGUUCCCCUAUGAACUUGAUAAAUUGCAGAGCGGUAUGUGCGUUAGUAAGAACAGUUCCAUCUUUAAACUUUCUCCUGUGCUGGAAGAUGGCAUUAUAAGAAUUGGUGGACGAUUAAGUAAGGCUGCUAUGCCGGAAGAGGCAAAGCAUCCCAUCAUACUAGCUAAAAACCUCCAUAUCUCGAGCAUACUUCUUAGAUACAUACACAAAGAAGUGGGCCAUGGUGGGCGCAAUUAUAUGUUGGCAAGGUUGGUCAGAAGUUUUGGGUUACAGGCGCUUCUACAGCUAUAAGAAGUAUCUUGUCCAAGUGUGUUGUCUGUCGCAGAUUGCAAGCAGUGCCAGGGUCCCAACAGAUGGCUGAUCUGCCUGCAGAUAGGGUCUGUCCAGACGAAGCACCAUUCACCUGGGUAGGAGUGGAUUACGUCGGACCCUUUGAAGUCAAGAGCCGGAGGAGCUUGGUAAAGAGAUAUGGAGUAAUAUUUACCUGUCUGACCAUACGAGCCAUCCAUAUUGAAGUAGCGUCGUCUUUGGAUACUGAUUCAUUUAUCCACGCAUUACGACGCUUUAUAGCGAGACGUGGCCAAGUUCAGGAACUGCGUUCUGAUAAUGGGACAAACUUUAUUGGAGCAGAGCGUGAGCUCAGGCAAGCUAUUGAAGGUUGGAAUCAGGGCCGUAUCAAUGAUAUGCUUUUAAAGAAAAACAUCAAGUGGGUCUUCAACCCCCCUACAGGUUCGCACCAUGGGGGAGCAUGGGAAAGACUUAUAAGGUCAGUACGCAAAGUAUUUAAUUCUACAGUGAGGUCACAGAAUCUUGAUGAAGAAGGUUUCUAUACCAUUGUCUGUGAAAUAGAAUCAAUCAUAAAUGGCCGCCCACUUACUAAGGCAUCUUCUGAUCCUAAUGAUUUGGAAGCACUGACCCCUAACCAUCUGUUGCUGUUGAAAUCCUCUCCAUCCCUACCACCAGGGGAGUUCCAUAAAAAUGACAUCUAUGCUCGCCGCCGCUGGAAGCAAGUCCAGUAUAUGUCAGAUUUAUUUUGGAAGCGGUGGGUCCAGGAGUAUCUACCACAGUUGCAGGAAUGGCAAAAGUGGUGUGACAAGAAGCGCAACUUCACGGUGGGGGACAUAGUCCUCAUUGUGGAUGAGACAGCACCUCGUAAUUCCUGGAUAAUGGGAAAGGUCAUCCAAACGUUCCCAGACAGAAGAGGUCUUGUACGAAGGCUGCUUAUCAAGACAAAGACAAACCAGCUGGACAGGCCAAUAACUAAGGUCUGUCUUCUACAAGAGGCGGAAGCCUGAAGAACUCUUGCUUGCUUGUUUGUUUGUUUGACGACUGACCAACCAACUUACUGGACAGAGAGUGAUGGUAAAGAUCACUCCGAUGGGCUAUGUGCUUGAACCUCUGGCCCAGACUAGACUUGCACCCUUUGAAGAAAGAAGAGCCAGCUGCCUCUUGGAACACACAAGAAUACUUAUGUGUAUUGCAUGACUUUGAUGUUAUAGUGCUAUGUAAUGUUAAUUAUUACAACUAUGGUUGGUAAUAAUUAGGGGCUGGAAUAUAGCGGCCAUAUGUCAUGGUUGAAUUGGUCUGUGCUUUGGUGCUUUUAUUUUGGUCUCUGGUGGGCGUGUAUGCAAGCCACGUGGGUAUUGGCAUAGGAAUUAGUGAAUGAAUAUAUGCACCUGGGCACCUGUGGUAGUAUGGCAAGGGGGUGAGUAGGGAGAGCACAUUUUUUGUUGACUGCUAAAUAUGCUGACUAUUGGAAUUUUGGAUUAAUUAAAACUUUUACUGGAAGAAUUGCAUGUAUUUUAAUAUCGCCACUUUGCAUAGAAGCACUUGCACUUUUCUAUCUGCUGUCCUGUUUAAGAAAUAUAUGUAUCUGCCUAUAAAUAAACAGAAGAACCUAACUUCCAGAGCGGACAUUGAAAUUGUUGGCAGCGCGUCACUCAAGUGAAUCUCCCUUAUUUAGCCUCUCAGCGACAUUCUGGUGGUCGCUACACCAUGUAAGAAAUCGAAAGGACAUAAGUACUCGUUCAUUCAACAUUUGACUUGUAAUCUAUGUUGACAUGCACAAACUACAAUCAAAUAUGAGAUUUAUCAACAACAAUCAGGCGAAAGAGACAAAUUUAGCCGUUUAGCUCCAUAG